AUGAUGCUCGAUGUGCUGAUUGCCGUGGCCGUCAGCGACGACGAUAGUGGUGGUGUUGGCAUGCGGGGUCAAGCGUUGCCGCGCAGGUUGUUGGCAUACGCCCAGCAGCCUAUCGCGACUGCUCACCCGCAGCUCCCUCGCCGGCCUGACCACCGGGGGGCCGACGAAGCCAUGGCAGGACAGCAGAGGCAGGAGUCGGGGUGCAUCCCCUGCUGCAACUGCUGCGUGACCGUGCCGCAGGACAAGAUUUACGCCGUAGAGAACUUCGGAAGCUUCACCAAGGCUCGGCGCGGCGCGCUCGGAGGUAAGCGGGUUGAGCAGAAUGAGGUGUUCGUCGAGACCAAAACGAAGGAUAACGUCUUCGUUAUGGUGAAAGUGUCCGUUCAGCAACAGGUUAUCCCAGAGCAAGCAGAGUCUUCUAUCUACAAGCUUGCCAACGUCAGCGCGCAGAUCGACUCGUAUGUAGCGGAUGUGGUACGCUCGUCUGUGCCCAGGAUGACAUUGGACGAGGCAUUUGAGGAGAAGGACAAGAUAUCCGCCGCUGUCAGUGACACCCUCACGAAGAGCAUGCACGAGUACGGCUUCCAGAUCAUCAAGGCCCUCGUCACCGAGCUUAAGCCCAGCCAGGACGUGAUGAACUCUAUCCAGCUGCCUGCGGCACACCCCGCCAUCGCGCCAGUGCAGCAGCGCAGCAUGAAGGAGAUUCAGUCGAAGACUCUAGUACACUUUCUUUUGGUCCUCCUGAGGGCAUCUCGAGCGCCUUUCAGGUACGUUCUGGAUUCCUUUGGUGGUUGGUAG